UUGGAGAGUUAAUAAUAAUGGUGGUUGGGCGAGAAGUAGCAAUAUCACUUGAUGGUGUGAGGGACAAGAAUGUGAUGCUGUUAAAGAAGCUCAACACUGCUAUCUUCCUCGUUUGUUAUAACAAAAAGUACUACGCUGAUGCUCUGGCUUCCGACGAAUUCACAAAGCUUGCAUAUUACAGUGACAUCUGUGUUGAAUCAAUUGCUUGUCGGAUGGAAAAGAAGGAAGGUGGGGCCAUUUGUGUGUACAUCAUGGCAUUGGGUGUUUUAGCACCAUAUCGUGGGCUAGGAAUUGUUACUAAGCUAUUGAACCAUGUUCUUAAGCUUUAUUUGAAGCAACACAUACCGGAGAUCUAA